CGUGUACGCGUCCCGAUUCUGAAUUCGAACGCGUUUCGAUCGCGGCUCCAGCGAACUGUUAUUUUACCGCGACAUCGCACUAUUUUAUUAUUUGAUUUGUGUUGGACUAUUGUUUAAUUUUUGUGUUUAUGUUUGUGUGUUAUUUUUGACGUAUUACUGUGACUAUCGCGAACAUUUGAAAAACUGGAUACGAUUGUGCGAAACAAUGCCAAAGAAUCUAUGUGAUUGGACCCUACGUGUUUCGUUUGUUUGUUGUAGAAAUAUUAUUAUUUAGUUUGUUUUUACGUUUUCGUCGCAUUUUUCUGAUGUCCCGAAAGGCGAGAGGAACAAUGAUAAUGCACCUGAAGAAACAUGUCAUCUAAACGGAAAUCACCGCCGUCCAAAUUGCAAGAAGGCGCCGCUGAUUCCGACAAGCCCGAGCCCGGCCCUGCCACCCUGGAGUUCUCCGACCAGCCCGAGUCCGACCCUGAGCAGCAAACCUUCUACAAGUUCUCACCGAGCUCCUCAACUAGAAGCUCCAUCAGCGAAGAAGGCUCAAAUUACGACGACGAGAGACCACCAAAAAAGCAAAGAUUCGAUACCGACAUGACAAACAAUCUCCUAGUCCCUGGCCCUUUUUUAGGUCUUCAUCAAGUGAACGACCUUCAAGGCAGAAGACGCGGCUCCUCGGAAUGCAGUAGUCCAGGUGCUGAGGCGAAAGUUUUGAGCCUGUGUAACAAUAAUAAUUCACUGCUGAAUCAUAACAGCGCGUUGUCUCUCGCGCCGCCUCAUAAGCGGUCGAUGGAUGAUGUUCUAAAGAGAUUAACGUCGAAAAUGAAUAAUAGUACUAUUAAGGAAGAGAAGAGGCCUACGCCUUCGACUACGCCCGUGAAACAUAACAAUGAGCGAAGAGGAGUGCUAGAUGCGGCUGCUCUGCAGGCGUUAGCCGGAGAAAGUGUGCUGGAGAAGGAACGACAGCUGUCAGAGAUGAUCCUUCAACUGCAAAUGGUGAGGGAACAGCUGCUGUCUCAGCAAGAGCAGGCUAAGAACCUGGGCAACGUCACCGCGGAGCUGGAACUCCAAAGGCUGCAGCAGGAGCAUCUCCGGAGACAGGAGCUGGUGCGGCGUGGACAACACGGGCUGUACCCUGGGCCUCCCCUGGCCCUGCUCCCCCUGCUGGAACAGAUGAGACCACAGCCUCCACAGGCACCUCAAAAUGUCCCAAGCCAAUGGCCAGCGACGGCGCAGCUAGCCCAACUGACGGCCAGCGCGCGAUCUUCACCACCCCAGGACCCCGACGCACCCCUCAACCUCAGCAAGCAGCGAUCCCCCUCCCCCCAGCAAUCUAUGAUGCUCCCCCGGUUCGUGCCAUACCCCCCAAUGGAUGAAAGCCCCCAGUACAGCAUGCAGAAGGAAGAGGAUUACAACUCAGCUUGCAAUACAUCUUCAUGGGCCCAAUCAGCUCAGGAGGAGUCCGACAAAGCCAAGUUGGUGCGCCAGCCGAAGCGGGACGAGGCCGGGAAGCCACACAUCAAACGGCCAAUGAACGCCUUCAUGGUCUGGGCUAAGGACGAGCGCAGGAAAAUCCUAAAGGCCUGCCCUGAUAUGCACAAUUCCAACAUAUCGAAAAUCCUAGGAGCAAGGUGGAAAUCAAUGUCGAAUGCUGAGAAACAGCCGUAUUACGAGGAGCAGUCCCGGCUUUCCAAGUUACAUAUGGAGAAACAUCCUGAUUAUAGGUACAGGCCAAGACCUAAAAGAACAUGCAUUGUAGACGGCAAGAAAAUGCGAAUAUCAGAAUACAAGAAUCUCAUGCGCUCGCGCAGACAAGAAAUGCGGCAGCUGUGGUGCAGGGAUGGGGGGAGCGAGAUGGGUUUCCUUCCCUCUCUGUCAUCCCCCGGGCCUUCAAAUUCGUCCCCACCGCCUAAUGGUGGGAACUACAUGAACCAAGCGUUUUCGCCCCCUCUUUCACCAAGAGAGGAUGAUUGAGGGUCGGCGCGCGGCUGGCCUUAUCCGCACGCCGCGCCCCUGCAACAUUUACCCCCCUCCCAUCAUCCUUGGUAAGGCUAAAAACCCUACAACGCAUGUAAGUUUCAUGUGAAAAAAACUUGAAACAGGAAGAUACCCUAAUGACAUUAACUGACCCAUGUGGCAUGGAAGUAGGAGAUUAUCAUGACAAAUAGGCUAUGUACUUAUAAGGUAAAGUCGUAGUGUCAAACUGUGUCUAUCUUAGAACUAAGACGUAGUGGUUGUAUCAAUCUAAAUCUCUCUUGUAUCUUAAGAAUUUAGAUUAUUCUUUAUGAAAGCCAGUGUCUAUUGGAUCUCUCGUUUAUACAAAUAAUAUUAUGAGAUUAUUCCAUUAGUUCAUUAAGAAAAUAAAAAUGGACACUUCAUCACGCAAGUACUUAAGAUGCCAUAAUUUGUUUGUAGUUUUUUGAUUAUAAACUAUGAUUUUUCAAGAAUGUAAUUGGCAUAGUAUUGGAAAUAAGUAUUUCGGAUCUACUAUAAGAUCUUUUAGAGAUUGAAUCGUUAGGCAAAAGAUUUUUAAUAGUUCAACCUUAUAAUUUAAUGUUGUAUUGAUGUUUGUUACGUACAGUGAGGAAAACAUUAUAUUUACCCAAUAGCAGUAGCAAAUAUGAACUCAUUUUAGGGAUUAGAUUUCUACCCUUCACUGUACCUAUAGGAAGUAUUUCAUACAAAAUAUAGAUGCCAAAAUAAUCUGGCAAACGUACAAGUCACAAACUCAGCAAAAAUGCAGCUAGAAAUUACAUUGUAAAUAAAGAUAUUCAAUUAUUUAAAUCUAUAAUAAUAAGUUCUAAGUGAAUCUAUGUAAAUAAGUAAGAUCCCAUUGUAGAUAAAUAUUUAAUUAAGGUCUUCAUAAGUUAAAACGUCUAUUGAGUGGCCAUGUAUAAUAUAAAUUAAAAAUAGAUAAUAUUAGAUGCUCUAGGCUUCUAAACGAAUAAAAUAUCAAACCAAAAAUUGAAGCGAAAGGCUUGAAAAUUUUACUCGUGUGUUAAAAACACAACUGUUUAAUCAGUGAGAUACGAUAUCUUUUUAAUACAUAUAAAUAAAAUACUCAUAGAUAAGAUUUUGAUCCAUAGUUGUGUGUAAUAGUUGUGGAAUCGGAUAUUUUGUAAUAAAUAAUGCCAAUUACUUAAAUGCCAUCAUAAAAAAAAAUAUUUUUUGUGAUUUGGCUGAUAUUUAAUUUCUUAGAUAGACAUGUUUUAAAGUAAAACGUUUA